AUGAAGUCCUCUAAAAAGAUUCUUACUAACAUCAACUACAUCAGCCAUAUCAUCAAAUAUUACGGCUAUCUGCAGGAGUGAGCCAACCUAUUUAGAAGACUAUGAAAGAAGUCCCAAUCUGAGUGGGACCAGAACCAAAAGGCAAUAAUAAAUGUAAUCAUGAAAACCCCAGAGGCAAGGACAGUCAUAAAUAUUGGCCAUAUAGUGUACCCUCGUGUGUUAGAUUUCUUAAUAAAAGGAGACAAAUUUAACUAUUAUGCAAUUGAAUGUACUUUAUACAAUAAGCCACACUAUAAGAACAUUACCAAGUUCUUGAACGUGGUUUAUGAAAGAAAUAAAGAACUAGGAAUAUCUAAUCCUAAACUAUUCUCAAAAAUUAAGAUCAGCUACAAAUAAAUCUCCAUUUUGGCACCUUGGCUUUGUGAAGAGGUAUUUUGAGCUUGGAUUUGACUUGAGCUCAAUCCAGAUGGAUGAGUUUGAAGAGAGGUCUGGUUUAUUUAGAGAAAUAUAUAGAGAGAAGGCCUCUGAAUGAGUUUAUAUUGAUACUAUCAAGACUUCCUCAAGUCUUUUCAUUGAUUUAUAUCCUCAAUGAGAAACAGUACAAUUUGAUAUGUAUUUAACUCAUAAUAUUGAUGUAUUUCUCAAAUAAAUUUGAGAUUCUUGAACUUCAUUCUUUGAGUUUAAACAAGCUUUCUGAAAUAAUGGCUCAGCUUGAUACUCAAAAUAUACACUGAAAUUUAAUAUCAUUUGAUCACAGGUUAGAUUAUAUUGUUAAAGAUGAUGAGAGGGAAAAUAUAGAUCCAAACAAAUUAAACAUCUCCCAAAACUUGUCCAAUGUUCUAAAUUAUUUCCCGAAUGUAACUGCUAUUAAGAUUAAGCAAGAAAAUAAUGAUAUAAGUCAUGAUGCUUUCCAAAUAAUGACUCAGAGCCGAGAUAAUAUCACUUCAAGCUUGGCUAACAUCAAUUCUCUCUACUUUAACACUUGCCAAGACAAGAAUGAGAAAGUUCUUCACAUCAACAAAUCAAAAGUUGAAUUUAUCGUUAAAAUACACUCAGAUACUUCUGGAUAUGAUGAAUUUUAUGUCUUACAGGCAGACUCUUUUGAAUAUUAUUGAGAGUCCUACGAUAGUUUCUAUGAUAUAGACGACAUCCUAAUCUUGAAAAGUUCUUAUUAUUACUUCUACCAGUUUAAAAUAAAAAACUACAGACUUCUCUACACCGAAAAAGAAGCUUUGCAACAUGAAAGAUAUUCCGAAUAUAUCAAGAAGUUGUCAGGGCUUAAAGACUUGAAAGUUGCUGAUAUCUGCUUGAUAGGUGUAACUGAAAGAAUCCUCAAGAGUAAGACUAAGAGUAUGGUGAUAUCUAGCAAGCUAAGCAAUUAUAGACCUCAUUAUUACAUUGAAGCUUUUAAGUGUACUGGACGCUAUCCGUUCUAUGAUUGUAUCAACUAUGAUAAACUUAUUCCUGUCUUACAAUCAUUAAAGGAGAAACUAGUGUCUCUUUAUUUUCGGAACGAUGAGCCGAAUUACAGGAUCUAUGGAAGAACUAUUUUUGAAGAUGAAAAUGAGCCCAACAAAGAGCAAGCAAGUUUGGAAUCUAAAGAAAAAGAAGAUUUCAAAUUUUCUCAAUCUGACCAAGAGGGUGAAGAUUCUGAAUGUGCUCAAGCUAAUCUUUAUAUGGGACCAAAGUGAAAAUAAUGGAGAAGGAGAUGCUAAAUUUAUUAAAUUACUAGAUGAACUAGAUAACUGUCAUCUCCUUGAAUUCAAAGCAAACCUUACUCUCAACAACAGUAAAAAAUGUGAACAAAGACUGCUAAAAUUUCUUAAAGAUAAUACCAACCUCAGAGAGCUAAAAAUAACGACUUCAAACACUAACUUUCCUUCCCAUGCAUUAAAGGCACUUGCCAAAAACCACUCUCUUCGAAGUCUAACUCUCCACUAAACCCCAACAUUUCCAUCAAAAUUUCCCAUAAGCACCCUCAAAGAUCCAUAAUUAAAUAAAAACCUUUACCAUAAAACA